AUGACGACCCUCCUUUACAACACUUUGAUCAGAGCCCAUCUCGGUUUCAGCCAAGCCCACAAGCCUUUCCUCCUCUUCACCCACAUGCUUGCCCACCAAGCCCCGCCCAACAGCCACACCUUCCCUCCGCUUAUCAAAGCCGCCUCUGCCUCCUCCUCCCCCAAUUUGGGCGCCCCUCUUCAUACCCAAGUUGUGAAACGGGGCGUUAUGCAUGACCCAUUUAUACAAACCUCGCUUGUUAGCUUCUAUGCACAGUUUGGUAUUUUGUGUGAUGCUCGCAAGGUGUUUGAGGAAAUUGCUGAACCGUGUGUUGUAGCGUACAAUGCGAUGAUUGAUGGGUUUGGGAAGAAUGGGGAUAUGGGUUCGGCUGUUUCGCUCUUUCAAAGCAUGCCCAAGAAGGACGUGGUUUCGUGGACAAGUGUUAUUAAUGGGUUCGGGAGAAAUGGGAGUUUCAGUGAGGGGAUUCAGUUUUUUAAGAUGAUGGUGCAUGAGGAUUUGAUGGGUUGUUUUGUAAAGCCAAAUGAAGCUACUUAUGUUACUGUGCUUUCUUCAUGUGCUAAUUUGGAUGGGUGGGGAUCUCUUUAUUGGGGAAAGCAAAUACAUGGGUAUGUUAUUAGAAAAGAGAUUGAAUUGACUGCAUUUCUGGGGACUGCAUUGAUAGAUCUUUAUGGGAAGAUGGGUUACGUGAGCAGUGCCGCAAAUGUUUUCAAGAAGAUGGUAGUCACAGAAGUUUGUACUUGGAAUGCAAUGAUUUCAGCUCUGUCUUUGAAUGGUAAGGUGCGGGAGGCUUUGGACCUGUUUGAAAAAAUGAAGAGAGAAAGGUUGCAGCCUACUGCAGUUACAUUUGUCGCAGUUCUUACAGCUUGUGGUCGUGGGAAGCUGGUGAAUUUUGGUCUGGAGUUGUUUAGAUCAAUGUCCAAUGACUUUGGGGUUGAACCGAUAAUGGAACACUACGGGUGUGUGGUUGACCUCCUGGGCAGAGCAGGCCUAUUUUUGGAGGCAACUGAGCUUAUCAAGAGCAUGCCUUUUGAGCCUGAUGCUUCUGUAUUGGGGGCUCUUUUGGGUUCUUGUAAUAUUCAUGGGACCGCCGGGCUGGGAAAUGAAGUUGGGCAGAAACUGCUUGAGUUGCAGCCACAACAUUGUGGACGAUACGUGGUUUUGUCAAGCAUUAAUGCUGGGACAGAGAGAUGGGAUCGUGCUGCUGCUGUGAGGCAAGCAAUGGUGCAUGCUGGAAUUCGGAAAAUUCCAGCCUACAGUGUAAUUGAUGUAAAUUAG